AGUGAACACUACGUCGCCAAAAUGUUGAAGUUUGUAUUGAUGUCCGCGUUCGUGGCAUGCGCUUUGGCGGCUACAAUUGAACCGGAAAUGACGACACGUCACCCGCAUCACACCCAAAACCCCGACCACACGCACGAACCUGCCGUGCACAAGACAAUAUCAUUCUUCUACGACUUCCACACGCACCAGAUGACUUUAUCGAAGGGAACGGAUUGCUACAUAUUUGCCCUUUCUUUGGCGGAAAGGCAGGACGUUCAUACUGAUGCAGGCAUGACCGUCCUUGAGGUGAAGUUAGUCAAUCUACUGACCACCGCCAGAAUGACCUUGUUGAGCAAGGACACUCUUGGUCAUUCCUUGCUCAAUGCUUGCGGGAGGAAAGCGACCACUUACUACUCCGUCACUCAGUAA